AUUUUAGUACCAGAUUCUGAUUGGUUGACAAACGACGGAUGGCAGUAUCAAAGUUACUUUGAACAAUUAUUGUGCAUUAUUGCACAUUGUUUUUUAUUGUCACAAAUUAUGCUGGUUCUCGUAUGAGAAACAUAUGAAUCUUUUAUUUAUGACGUAUUUUGCGUCGCAUUGAUGAUUCGUCGGCGAAAGCACAACAUGGGAAAAUGGGGAAAAGCUGCUCCAAUGAGUUUGCCACACCGACGCGUACACAUAAUUCGUAACACUUAUGCGACGAGAUACACGAUAUUUUGCUUAUCAUUCUGUAAUCGUUAUCAACAUCGGUAUCAAUCCAACUCUAUACGGCACGUCAGUUCUGAGAAGAUCAGUGCGAAAUUGAGUUGUCAGAAAUGCCUAUCGACAUUCCUGCGUUUGUGUACGCCGCUGCGGUAGCAGGUGGUGGAAUAUUAGGUUACGUGAAAUCCAAUUCUAUUCCUUCUUUGGGAGCUGGUCUACUUUUUGGAUCUAUGUUAGGUUACGGGGCUUAUCAGACUUCACAAGAUCCUACCAAUAUUGCAGUUUUCCUAGGAACCAGCACAGCACUGGGAGGUUUAAUGGGAUAUCGAUAUUAUAAUUCUGGUAAAAUAAUGCCAGCUGGAAUGAUUGCUGUGUUAAGCGCUAUUAUGAUUGUAAGGACAGUUACACGGUACUUCUCACCACCAUUGAAGACAGAGUAACAGUCUUCACUAUCAGAGGUAUUGCAUUUAUUAAUACCAAUGUUUUUAAUAUAAGGAGCAUAUAAUGGCACAAUGUUCAAGGAAUUAUUGAUAUGUUUUGAAGAAAUGUAUUAUACAUAUACUAUGUCAAGUACAUUAAAACAUUUUGUAAGUUAGAAGUUUCUGUUAAAAUAAAAUCUGGAAAAAUUCAA